AUGUCAGGUGGCGAUAAGUACUGGGAGGGCAGAAUAAUGGAGGACCAGGGGCCCGUAAUCCUUGCCGCGAAGAGAGCCAGGAAUGGAAGGAGUGGGAAGUGGUCCGCUUCCCCGACUCUUGCCCUAGGCUGUGCCAGUAUUGACUAUGUCGAUCCUAAAGAGCUGGAUUCGAAUGUGCAUGAUGAAGCUUAG